GAAAUGCUGUCCCUGUGCCCCCUCUUGCUCCUCAUUUUCCCCGCUGCGCUCUUCGUGGCGACGCACGGCACCGGGGACCUUCAGGGCUUCGCCUUCUCCGGCGGGAGCGCAAGUUUCGACCCAACAGACCCCUGCAUGGUGGUGUAUCCACCAUGCAUCAGUGAGGCGGAUCGCUACAGCUUGGAAGCCCUAUGGAGCAUCCAUCAGAUGAUGGAUGAUGACCAAGACGGAGGCAUCGAGGUGGAGGAGAGUUUGGAGUUCAUCAUGGAGGACAUGAAGCAGCAGCAGACCAACAAACACAGCCACCUGCACAAGGAAGACCAACACAUCACAAUCGAGGAGCUGUGGAGGGGCUGGAAGUCGUCUGAAGUCCAUAACUGGACUCAGGAUGACGUGCUUCGCUGGCUGAAGGAUUUUGUCGAAUUGCCCCAGUACGAAAGGAACUUUAAGGACUUUAAGGUGAAUGGAAACACUCUCCCCAGAAUUGCAGCCAAUGAGCCGUCCUUCCUGAGUGGCCAUCUGAGGGUUCAGGACCAGAGAGACAAACAGAAGCUCAACAUCAAGGCUCUGGACGUUGUCCUGUUUGGACCACCUACGCGCCCCCCUCACAACUAUAUGAAGGACCUGCUGCUCAUAGUAUCCGUGGUGAUGGGAGUCGGAGGCUGCUGGUUUGCCUCAGCCCAGAACAAAGCCAGUAAAUUCCACGUGGCCAGGAUGAUAAAAGAUUUGGAAAGUCUGCAGAGGGCUGAGCAGAGCCUCAUAGAUCUGCAGGAACAACUUGCGGAGGCACAAGAGGAAAAACGCAACGUCGCAGAGGAGAAACAGAAUCUGGAGGAGAAGAUGAGGGAUGAGAUCAUGGGGGCGCAGGAGGAGGCCUACCGUCUGCACGAGCUGAGGCAGGGAGCCGUCUGCGAGCUCAGCCGCCUCCGAUACGCAGAGGAGGAGCUGGUGCAGAUCCGCGGGGCACUGAAGCAGGCGGAGAAGGACAUGCAGGCUAGCUCGUCUGCCUCCGAGGCCCUCCAGCUGUGGUUGCAGCUGACCCAUGAGGUCGAGGUCCAGUACUACAAUGUCAAGAGGCACAGAGCAGAGCUACAGCUCGCCAUUGCAAAGGAAGAGGCAGAGAGGAUUAAGAGGAAGAGGAGUUCUCUCUUUGGGACUCUCCAUGUGGCACACAGCUCCUCUUUAGACCAAGUUGACCACAAGAUCCUGGAGGCAAAGAAUGCCUUGGUUGAGGUAACAGCCUGCCUACGGGAGCGUCUCCACCGCUGGCAGCAGAUCGAGCGCCUCUGUGGUUUCCCCAUCAUUAGGAAUACCGGCCUUUCGAACCUCACUGGUCAGCUCUACUCCGACUCAAUCGCCCUGGGGUUUCCCAGAGUGCCGCAGCCUUCUUGGUCAUGCCACAGCUCUGUCCAUGGCUCUAUGGAGGAUCUGUUAGAGGAGUCUGCUUCUCCAGUCAUAUCGCAGAUGCCAGUUCAACCAAUGAAGCGCUCUCCUCAAACCCGAGGCUCCACCAUAUGUCGGUCACGUCGUCCUGGCACGAUCGUUCCGCCAGCGGCCGCCAUGAUCGCGCCAGACCCAGACCUUCUUAUCCCCGUCAGAGCCCCGUAUCCUUGUGAAGAGGAGGGCGUCUUCUUGAAAUCUCUAAAGAAACAAAGCUCCCAGGAGAUCGUUUCAGACACAGAAUUUAUGACAUCCUCUCCUCUCGGCAAAAUGUUCCCUUAUCCUACUGUUGACUCGUCCUCUCCCAAGCUCGACCAUGAUGAAACUGAACUUUUUUUGGACACCUCCAUUACAAAGAGUAAAGAAAUAGAGGCUGUUGUUGAAUCUCCAGUUAGAAAAAUGUCAGCAGAAGAACUGGAAGAUUGCAGAAAGAUGCAGGACGCUUCUUCUGAAACCUCAUUUUUGAAGAUGUCAAAAGAUGCGUCGUUUAUAGAGGCUAUGUCAAGGAAGGUACCCAAAGACAAGAGGGAAGUCCCUGUGGAUGCUACGGUUCGAAAGUUACUUUCCAAAGAGUUUGAUGCAGAAUUCUCAAGCCGUAAAGUAGAGAGAGAUACAAUGGGAGAUCCGAUAGACGUUUCUUCAAGAAAUAAAUAUAGAGAAAGAAGUGAUUUACCUCUGGACACAAGAAAGCUUAUUUGGAAUGAAUUAGAAGCAACUACAGAUGUGUCACGGAGGAUGAUUUCCCGUGAUAUGAUGGGGGCUUCGAUGGACAGUGCCUCAAGAAAGAUGAUACGAGAUGAUGUUGAGCAUUCGUUUUACUCAGUGCCCAGAAGGAUUACAAGAGAUUCAAUGGGAACUUCCUUCGACACUGGUUCAAGAAAGUUUCCGUGGAAUAAUGAAGACUGCCAGCUUGAUUCUUCUGUGAGGGCGUUAUCAAUGGACCAAAUGUUUGAUGCCGCAGGAACACCAACAAGAAAGCUAUCCAGAGAUGAGCUAGAGUAUUUUACAGACACUGCUUCUGCAAAUUUACUGCUCAGAAAGAGAUUUGAUGCACAUACCAAUAGUUCGUCAUCUACAGAGAAGCAGGAUUUUGGUUUAGGACCUUCAACAAGUAGAAGGUUACUGAGAGAUGAACUUGAGUCUGCUGGUUCUCUCAACAGAAGAAUACCAAGAACGCCGAGCGUUGACAGUGACACAUCCACAGACACUGCCAUUGAAAACAUCUCCUGGGAUAUAGUUGACGAUCCAAUGGAAAUACCUAAACAAUCAACUCUCCAGGAGGAGUUGGGAGCGAGCUCAUAUCCAGGUCGAAUUGGACAGCCAGACCUUACGGUAACCUCCCAGGUACCAUGGGAUUCGUCAUCAGACCUCUACGCUGGCCCGCUGAGCCAGCUUGUGUAUGAUGGAAUCCUCGAGAAGUCCUGCCACUCCGGGACUACAAGCCAUACCGGCCCCUCGGCCUCAAUGCCCAACCUGUCCCAGAGCAGGUCCCUAGUAGAGGAGGAGCCGCUGUUGCCAUCAUCAAGGCUCUCUUUCCGGUCUCCCGCAUUGCCCCCUGAGGCUGGAGACGAAAAGAGCAAACAUAAGGAAAAGAGCAAGAAAUCUUUGAGGCUAAAAAAUCUUUUCAAAAAGAAAUCUGAGUCCCCUCCAGAAAAGCCUCAAGGUGGUCUACAGAAACUCUGACAACCAGCUUAGAAAGUUUUCCAUUUUACUAUUUUAAAUUUGAAAUGAGAGUUUCAGAACCUUAUUUACAAUGUCUGGCAUUGAGAGCUGAAGUUAAUUUAUUUUUGAGUCUUAUUUAAACAUAUAGUUAUAGUUGCCAUAUGUUAUAUUAGUAACAGUUUUUAUGGGCUUUGCCUUUGGUUGAAGUAUGAAAUUGUGCUUUUCUGUAUAACAGAGGCAAUGCUUAUAUUUAACAUAAGCCUCCAAUGGAGACUUUUGAAAACAGCAACAGUUUUGAUAAUUUCACUUGAGAGACUUCUGUGUCGAUUGUGUCUCUGGUUUCUUCUCACUUGUUUGAAGUUGUCAAAACGUGAUGAGACAUAUCUCAUCCUCAAACCAGGAUUUACAAACGUUUGAAUCACAAUCUGACGACAGCAGUGGGAUUUAUCAUCAUGAAGUUAUAAAAAACACACUUUUUUAGGGUUAGACCCUUAACCUUAAAGUUUGUCUUAAUUUGAUAUUUUAUUGUUGUAUACUUAGUCUUGACUAUUCAGUAUGAUUUGUAACCAAGUUUUGAAUGGCCUUAAAUAUGUUUGACACCUGAAAAGAUCUGCACUAAAAAAAGCCUCCAGCAAACAGUUCACUUAAUUAAAAAAAUAAAAAGAUUCUCCCAUGUUUGUAUAUUUCUGGCUGAAAUGUUGCUGAAAUAGUAAAUGUAAAUGUUCCUGAUGCACAUAUUCGUAAUUUAAACAGGAGACUGCUUUCUCUUAUUUUGAGCUUGGUAAUCGGUCAACCUUGACAUAACAUUUGAUAAUAACAUUUUUACCCGUUUAAAAAGCAUUUGUCCUGGUCCUGUGGAUCGACCAGAGACAGGCAAAAUGGUUUCAAAUGUUCUGCAUUGAUUUGCUGUUUGCUCACAAACAGCUUGCUAGCUCGAUUUUCUUUUUUAUUGAACCUGUAUGAUUGUUUUUAUGCUUCUUUUAUUGUUUACAGGCAUUAAGUCAGUACUUUGAGUAGUUUAUUGACAAUAUUUAAGUUAAUAAAGAAGAAGAUAAUUGUAAUUAAUUGCUUUUUUCCCUUUGAAAAGGAAAAUUGUUUAAACGGUAAUACUGAAAAUAACAUUGUGUUCUUGUUUUUUCACUUUAAAUCGAGAAAAUGUAAAUGUUGUCUUUUUUGGCAGCAGUUAAACAGGAAGUACGUACAUUUUCACAGUUAAGGUCAAUGUAAUGGAGAGUUUAUAUGUUAGAAAUUUGUCUGUGAUUCAAGCGUGUAGCAGGGUAACAUUAGAAGUUCAGUUCAUUAAUCAAUAAAAAGAAGUAAUCCUAAGCCGAUGCAAGUGUGUUAGCAACACAGUUGACUACAGGCACGUUCAAUUUCAUUCAUCAGUGUGCACAGGAUUUCUCCUUUUAUGGAGGACUAAAAGUGCCACAAUUAAAUAAAUAAAUACACAAUCAAAUAAUUACAUAAAUGUGUCAUUUAUUAAUUAAAAUUGGAAUUAAAUACAUAAAUGUGUACUUGAAUGUGUCAUUAAUUAAUUAAAAUACAGAUUCAUUUAAUGUAAAAUACAUAUAUAACUAUUUCACUAUUUACAUUUACAUUUCAUGAUCCUGCGUUGCAGCGCUUCAUGAAUUACUUAAAACUGUCAAACUGACCCAUCAAAGUCAGUGGGCGGGGCUAACGCGAAUCUAGUCUGAUCCAUUGCUUUGGUCUGAAGUAGAGUACCUGGAUUGAAACAUGGAGGAUCUCCGUGAACUUUCCAGGGAGUUGGUGAGAGACAUUUUAAACUUAGCAGAGGAUGUAGAAGCAGGACCUGCUGAAUCAGAGCAUGUAGCUAGUAAAGCAGAGGAACUUAUUGAAGUUGUUGGAGUCAUUUCCGCACUUUCCGACGAAGAUAUCGACCACAGAGUGAUUGCAAAUCUAGAAGAAGUUGUCCACCGCUUCUCUGGUACCAGGGCGCAUCAGGCCCAACACACACAGGGACCGGGGCGUUUGCCGUUUGACAUACCGAGUGCAGUUCUGGAGCACCAAGUUCUUUGUGGAGUUCCCGCAGUUCAAAUUGCAGCGAUGUUCGGAGUGUCAAAAAGGACUAUCAAGAGGCGCAUGCAACAAUACAGUUUAAG